CGGAUCCCAAUGGUAUCACAGUAUGGGACGCCGCCCGUCUACUCACAAGAAGAAAAAGAUAGUGAAGAGGAUAUGGCGACAAAUCUGGAUGAUGCACUUAAGGAAUUUGAAGAUUGCGUUGAGAAGAUACAAAAUGCAAUGAGGGAAGCUUUACGUUUGCACCCCAACAGUGAAAAGAUAUUGAGUAGGAAAACGUCAUGGAUUGCGACGGUCCGCAAACAUCUAAAGGACAUUGCGGAUAAUGAGGAAGGCGAUGUUGUGUCAGAAAAAACCCCCACACCUGUCAAAAACACUGGACUGUUGACACAAGGUAAUCAAUCUCCUUUCUCGCCCAUGACUUCAUCAGUUUGCGCAGAAAUAGAUGAACUGAUAUCUGCAAUACAAUCCAUACGACACCCAGGCACACAAUCGAAAGCUGAGGGGAUCCAACCAGUAAACUUGCAAAGUGAACUGGACAACGUCGCAACAACUUCAAGUAUUCCAGACACUGAACAGGAAGGAAACGCCUUACUGCAAUAUAAACUCCAAAGGCCAAAAAGAAACACCAAUCUUCCAGAUGUUUUCAGGUCACCGUACGUGCAGCGUGUGGUUUCGUUAACAGAUAAACGAGAACAAUUGGAAUCUGCAUUGGCUAGCUGUAUACUCAGCGCAACGGGAAACAAAUGGGAUAUUAUAUUCGAUUGCCCAGGAGGUGUCUCGAUUUUGAGAGGCUCGUUUGAGACGAUGUACCCUUCCUUGUGCUUGGAUGCAGAUAUUAUAUCAGCAUGGGCCGCAGUCCUUAACCACGAGGAGCGGUUACGAGCACCGGGUACCCCCGCGAGGCUGUUUUGCAAUGCCGGAAUGUUGGUGGCAGGCAAUUUUAAAGGGACCGAUGAAUACAGAAGCUCGAUGUUCGGUAGCCGGAUGGAAACAAUACUAGGCCAAGCAGAUAGCAUGGACAUCAGAAACUUCCAAAUGGUAUUCGUGCCGGUGCUGUAUAAUACACACUAUAUACUAGUGUUCUUCAAUCUAGCACAAUCACAAAUAUUGGUGAUCGACAAUAUCGAGGGUGAUGUCCCUAUCAACAUACGAUACAGCGGCUACAUAGAAAAAGUUGUCAAUGCAUUCUGCUCGUAUGUGAAAAACCACUCUCCUGCAAUUGCUAAAAAACUGCGAUCAACAUCACCGGUUAGUCUGAAGUUCCCGUGGCAAACAUUGUAUAACGGAACAGAUUGUGGAAUAUCGUCAUGCGUCAUAUGGAGAAUUUUAAAGGUGUUAUUGCUAUCGCCAGAGCGAGACAUCACGGGGGAGGUGUUGAAAGACCAAUCGAUAGAACUAUGUGACUUGCGAAUAAAGUACUUAUCAAAAAUCUUGUUAAGUGACAUAAACUCAAUGCGGUCUAAAAUGGAGAAUGAAGUACAUGAGUACGCAAAUAAGAGUCAACAUGAAAGACUGGAAAAUGCUAAGACUGCAAAGGACAGGAUCGAGUUACGAUUGUCAGAAGAAUAG